GUAGUAUUGUACCUAGGUCCAAUUGCUGGACAUAUACCAAAGAUACACGACCCUAAUCAGGUGAUAGGCGAGGGAUCCACUCUACCAACCUUGCCCACAGUCAAAUCCAGGCGCACCGAAAAUCUAAGGAAACUUUUUUGGCCGAAAUAAGUCAUCAAUCCUCAACUUCGACCUCUUCACACCGAACUUCCCACAGAACUCGAAGGCUCAGUCUCCGCCCAAAACUGCGGUUAAAUCGAUUGAUUUCUCGUGUUCUUCUCACAUCUCAACAAAUCAGAAAAAAUGAAGCACCUCGCAGCUUACCUCCUCCUCGGCCUUGGUGGCAACACCUCGCCGUCCGCUUCCGACGUUAAGGAAGUCCUCGAGUCCGUCGGUAUCGAGGCUGACAACGAGCGUCUGGAGAAGCUCAUCUCCGAGCUUGAGGGCAAGGACAUCAACGAGUUGAUCGCUGAGGGUUCCAGCAAGCUUGCCUCCGUUCCCUCUGGCGGUGCUGGCGGUGCUGCUACUGGUGGCGCCGCUGCCGCCGGUGGUGCUGCCGCCGCCGAGGAGAAGGCCGAAGAGAAGAAGGAAGAGGAGAAGGAAGAGUCCGACGAGGACAUGGGCUUCGGUCUGUUCGACUAAGCGAAUAUCGUACCUGGUUACGACAACGAAGUCAUACAUUUUCGGGGAGGUGGCACGGAAAUGGGCAAUGGUCAUGCAUGAUAUCCGGCGUGGAAGGGUCUACGUUUGAUCAACUAGGGCAUCUAGAGACGGUUAAGGAAAAAAAUAAAGUGCUACUUCUCCGGACUUCUAUGUUCCCCUCCCUGAUCUAUUGAUUUGUGCUUCCAGUGAACGUUGUGCGAUGGUGGUAAUAAGCGUUUGAGUUAAGCAAAUGCCUACUUAACCUUGCUUAAGUGAAAGUUGAACCUGCAUCUAUCUGCAUUGGCGUAACUUAAAUUCUCUUAUCGGUUCAUCUGAUAUACGUACCUAAGGUAGGUUUAGCAAGGGCGAUAAAGUCCCUUGGCUCUCUUUAAAAUAUUU